AGAACCGUCUUGGCUCCUGCCCCGUGCCGCUGGGCCGCGCCUUCGGCGCGCUCGCCGCGUGGCCGAUGCCGGGUUCGCUCUCGCCGAAGGCCGCCGGCCUGCGCCGCGCCGAGGAGGCGGCCCGCGGGGCCCUCCUCGCGGCGCAUGCGGCCGCGGGGCUGGCAGCAGGGCACUCCCGCGAUGGGGUGCGCCUGUUGCGCGCCGCGGAGGGCCUUCUGCGCGCGGCGGUGGCGGGCUUGCGGAGCCCUGCCGCCGAGCCGCCUGCGCCCGUGCCUGGCGCUGCAGCUGCCCCCGCGCGGCGGCGGCGGCGGCGAGGGCGCGGAGGCCGUGGCGGUGGUGCUGCGGGCCCCGGUGAUGGGGCUGAUGAAGUUCGUGCUGGCGGCGGCGAGGCGGUUAGGGACCACGUGAUGGAGGACGCCACGGGGGGCGGUCGCAGGCAGCGGCGGCGGCGCCGUCCGCAGCCUGCCCCUGUGGGCCUCCCUCUCGCUGAUGUCGCUGCUGGGCCUGCUGCAGGUCAGGACGCGUUCGAGGAUGAGCUGAACGAUGAGUGGGCGGAUGGCCUCACGGUGCUGCCUGGCCGCCGCGGCCCUGGACGCCCGCCCGCCCUCGCCCCCGACGUGCGGGCGCGACUCUGCCGAGGCCCCUUGGCGGGUUUCGAGGUGACCGUCAUCGCCGUCGGGGAGCGCUCUGCCUCCGUCCGCUUCGAUACGGACGACCCCGCCGCCGAGCCCAUGGACGUUCGCCUGGACUUCCUGGUGGCGCUGCCGCUGGCGGGGGCGGGAGGUGGUGGCAGUGGGGGACGGUAGGGGGUCUCGCCGCAUUGCGUUGCAGGACCGCCGUCCCUCCCCACCUCCCCCCACACGGUGUUCGCCUGCUGCGAUCGCCACUCCUUCCUCGUCUGAGGGUGCUGGGGGGUGUCAGUGACCCUGACACUUCUUUCAUCGCUGCCUGCCUCCUCCUCCUCCUCCUCCUCCUCCUC